AUUUAAAACCAUUUGCAUGGUCAGUAUCGGAUCAAGAGGAUUUAGCAAAAUUAACAACGAGAGAAAGAGAGAUGGCAAAGAAGUUAGGACUUAUGAUUUUGCUUCUAGUGAUUAUGCUGGUCUCAUGCUCUAAGUCUAACGACUGUGCUCUUGCGUCUCCACAAAAGUCACGUCCAUCAUCAGAGUGGAGAAGGAAGUUGAUACCAGUACGGUCAUCAAGAAGUCCACGAAGUCCUUCGUAUGCGCCACGAAAUCCGCCACUACCGCCACCGCCACCGCCUUUGUCACCAUCAUCACCAUCAAAUUAAUUGGUAAGCAAAUAAUAAUUGCCAUAUUGAUAUUAUCGUAUAGACCGAAUAUAGAUUUUAAAGUUUGUACAUAUAUUUGAUAACAACAAAAUUAAUCGCUCUUAUUAAAACAGAAUAAAAAAUGAAUCAAUACAUAUUGAGAGAUACACGUAUGUUAUAUUUCUAAAUAAUACAGCAAAACUAUAGUAAAAAUGAUUUGUUUUUCUUCAUAAGAUUAGAAGUAUGUCAUUGAAUUGUAUUGAAACUUCGAAUAAGAAAACUAUAUAUUUUCUUCUUCUUUUCUUUUGGAUUAAACCAUAUUUCUUACUUCUCGAUAUAUUUUAUAUUGUACAUACUCAUUAGUAUGUAUAAAUAUUAAUGCGUAGAUAUUAUUUAGUAAGGAGGAGGAGAUUGAUGAGUAUAUAUCGGCCAACUCGAGACGAUCAAGCAAUUUACAUGGCUGUGGUCACAUUCAUCAACAUUCCUAUCAGUUUUUGGCCAGUAUACGAACUUGAAUCUUAUCUAGUAAUUCACCAAAAAUAAAAUAGAUUUGAAUGUAAUUUGUAUUUUAAGAGAUUCCAAUUAAGGAUUUUUGAAGUCUCAAUAUAUGCAUAUCAUAUGUUUGUUUAA